UAGCCAAACAUAAAUUACACUCUCUACGUUUAUCAAACUUUGAUUUUUCAUUGGCAAAAAUUCAAUUAAAUUUAUAAUUUAUUUAUUCACCUUUGCCGAAUUUUAUGUUCACUGAUUAAACUUUGAUUGUCACACGAUUCCGAGAAUAUAUGAUAUCAACUAAUUUUGAUUAUCAAUCACUUCAUCGAUGUUAUCAUAAACCAAAAGAGUAAAUAUUUACAUCAUCAAUACGAAAGUCGAUCAGUUACCGGAUAGUAUAAAUUACCAUCAAAUAAAACGUAACGAUCAAUCACAAUUUUAAAAUUUCGUUCGAUUCACACAAUUGAAAAUGAAAUCCAUUAUCAUCACUGGAGUUAUUUUGUCCAUAUUUUUUGCUUCAGUUGUUUAUUGUGGUCCGCCAAUGCGAGAGAAUCCUGAAUUCAAACGUUUAUCACAAGAAAUUCAAGAAAAAGUUUGCUCUGGUAAAACAACGGAAGAACAAUUGAAUAAAUUGACCAAAUGUAUGGAAGAUAUUAAAGACGAAAUGGGUGAGCGUGAAUUUAUGGAACAAUACAUCCAAGAAUGUCUUGGAGAAUCCGAAGUCGACGUUGGAUUUACUGUUGAUGAAGCAUAUAAAGAAACUGUAUAUUUGAUUUGUAGCGGAAAAUUCCGAAUGUGCAUUCAUCAGAAGGCGAGAAAUAUAUCGCGAAAUGAUCCAGACAAUGAUGAUGAUGAAAAAAAAGAAUCAAAAGAUAAUGGCCCAAGAGGGCCACCGCAUAUGAAUCCUGAAUUUCAUCAAAAGGUCCAGAAAAUGAUGGAUUGUAAACGAAAAGCUUUAGAAUUAUAAAAUCACCAAACAAAAAAUAGAAUAUGAUCCAUAAUUUACACUUUGACAUAAAUUUUUUACUAUAAUUAUCAAUGUUUUUCGAAUAAAUUAAGAUUAAAUAAAAAACAAAUCGUC